GGUAUACACAAAUAUAUCAGUAAACACAAAUGACCUUCUAGUUGGCAAGAAGAGUUUUGGAUAAUUCAUACAUAAUAAAAGAAUAAAUAUGGAUUAAAACGGAUGCAGUUUUAACAUCUUUAUUUAGCAUAAGACGACAAAAACUAUAUGAAAAAAGAGUAUUAGAGAAGAACCAAAAAAACAAUUUAUCAUCUGAAUUUUCAGAAGCAAAUCAGAUAAAAGAAAAAUGCCUACAGAUAAAUAUAUUGUAUUAACGAAGUCGUAUCUAAAGAAGUUAGCCAGCAAGAUUCGAAGAGAAUACCACCUUGUUUUAUUCAAUCUAGGAGUUGAAGACCACAUGCUUGAACAUGAUGAUAACUAUGUGAAUCGAAAGGUGUUUAAGGGUUUGAUAAAAUGGCAGAGUUGGUUUGAGGUUAAAAGUGAAUAUUACAUGGUACAGCGCUUGAAAGAAGCACUAGUCAAUGCUGACAGGAAUGAUUUAUGUAAAGACUUAGAACAACAACAUCAGUAUCAAGAACUAAGGCGACACCAACACGAAGAAGAAGGACACCAACGUCGACAACAAGAAGAAGACGAAGAAGACGAAGAACGACGACAACAAAAACAGGAGGAAUACGACGAAGAAGAAGAAUAUCGGCAACAAGAAGAAGACGACGAAGAAGACGAACUUAGACAACAAGAACAAGAUGAAUACGACGAAGAAGAAGAACGUCGACAGCAAGAAGAAGACGAAGAACGACGACAUGAACAAGAGGAACACGAUGAAGAAGAACGUCGACAAAAAGAAGAAGAAGACGAAGAACGACGACAACAACAAGAAGACGACGAUGAAGAAGAAGAACAACGACGACAAGAAGAAGAAGACAACGAAACAGAAGAACGACGCCGUCGAGAAGAAGAAGACGAAAAACUACGACAACAGGAAGACGACGACGAAGAAGAAGAAGAACGACGACGACAACAACAACAAGACGACGACGAAGAAGAAGACCGACAACAGCAGAUAGAAGAAGAAGAAAGACAAUUACAACAACAACUACAAGACGAGGAAGAACGACGAAGACAACAAGAAGACGAUGAAGAAGAACAACGACGACAGCAGGAAGAAGAAGACGAUGCAGAAGAAGAAAUACGACGACAACAAGAACAAGAACAAAUACAAGAAGAAGAAGACUACUAUAUGAACUAUGAAGAUGAUGAUGAUAUGUAAGAUUUUAUCUUUGUCAACGAAAUUUGAACAAAUUUGAUAAGAUGAAAAUAUUUGCAUUACUUUUUAAAAGAUAUUUCUUCAUAAACAGUCAUGAUAUUCAAACAAACGUAUGAAAAGUUUUUGCUAGCUUGGACAAUUGCAAUACUAUUAUAUAUAAAAACGAAGAUGUGGUAUGAUUGUAAAUGAGUCAACUCUCCACAAGAGACCAACAUGAUCCAGCAAUUAACUAAAGGUCACCGUACAGCCUUCAACAAUGAACCAAGCCCAUACCGCAUAGUCAGCUAUAAAAUGUUAUUUAUAAACAAGCUUUAUUGAAACUGAUUCUCAAGAUUACGACAAUAAUUAUAAUAUUGCGUUCUUUAAACGCUUAAAGUACAUACCUUGGGUAACAUAUGAAGAUAGUGUACCUCAGCUGAUCAGAAUCGCCAUGAUUUGUAUGUGGUGUUCCGAUCAUAUUCCAACGUCAAUUUUAUUCCUGAAUGAGCUACCUGGCGCCAAUUGGUGUAAAUGACGUCAUUGGACGAGUAUGUAAGAACAUAAGCAUUUUACGGGAAAAUGUGCGAUUGUGAAACUAGCAGUCAUCAUAACAAGGCGACAUAAACAAACGAUAAACCAUUGCAUUAUAAUCCUAAUCACUAUAAACAUUAUAAAACAAACAAAUAUGUCAAGAAGAAUAAACUGCUAACACAGAGAUA